AACGAAGGGGCCCACAUGGCCAGCCCCUCCGUCUGGGCCACAAAAAAUAGAUCAGACUUGCAGUUACAGGCCGCCGUGGGCUCAAUUCCGCGCCUCACAAAACCCAAGUCCCUCGCCAACAAAAUCCAGCCGGCCGAAACGAAACGGGUGGCCAGGUGGCACCUUCCAGAAGAUUCCACCUACCCGCGCGCCUCAUCGGCAUCGCGCUCUCCUGCUCCCACCUCCCAUAGUCCCAUGGCAUCCGCGCCAAGCACCGCCGCGUCCUCCCUCGCGCCCCCUCCUCCUCUCUGCUCCUCGGCCCGCGCUGCCCGUCUCCGCCUCCCGUCCUCUCGGCCCGCCGCCACCGCGGCGUUGACGUCGGCCCUUAUCGUCACCCGCCGCGGCGUCGUCGCGCCGGGAGGCCGGCUCGCGCGCCUCCGGUGCCGCGCGGGGUCGGUGAGGCUCGUCGCGCAGGACGAGUUCGAGGCGGAGGUGCUGCAGUCGGAGCUGCCCGUGCUCGUCGACUUCGUCGCCGAAUGGUGCGGGCCCUGCCGCCUCGUCGCGCCCGUCGUCGACUGGGCAUCCGAGGAAUAUGAGGGAAGAUUAAAGAUUGUCAAGAUCGACCAUGACGCAAAUCCUGAAAUUAUUCAGAAGUACAAGGUUUAUGGUCUCCCGGCUUUGAUUCUCUUCAAGAAUGGGGAGGAGGUGCCAGGGAGCCGAAGAGAAGGUGCAAUAAACAAAAUCAAGUUCAAGGAUUACAUUGAGCCUCUUUUGGCGACCUCAAAUGUUGCUUAAUAUCAUUGUCUGCAGUCUGUAGCACUGAAUCUCGUAUGAUUCGGAGGAUGCCGAAUGGCAUUGGCUUGCACUGGGUUGCACUGGGUUGCACUUCAUUUGCAUAUUGACAAGUUUUCCCCUCCAUGAGCUCUAGUCUGUAAUACCUACAAGAUCAGGACUAUGCAUGGUUUUCAUUGUGGAUGGAAACAGAUUAGCAUGUACGAAGGGCUACCACGAGAUGUAUACUUGGUCAUUAAUUAAGCAAGUUUGGUUAAUGCCAAUUCUUGUGUACUGUACACAUUUUUUUGUUUCAUAGUAAAUUAGAUAAAUGUUAGAAUUGACCAAA